UGAACACGAGAGAAUGAGAAGGGAGAAAAGAGUAAAAGCAUUUAACGGUGACUGAAAGCAGAGGCUCAGGACAGGCACUCAGAAUGGAUCCAGAGUUAAUGAGUAAACUAUCGGAGAUCAAGACGUACAGCAGGCUGAAGGUGGGGCAGGUGGACGGGAUCCCGCUUCCGGAGCCCACCUGUGAAAUCUGGGACAAAAUAUAUAACUUUCAGGCCCGUGAAGAUGACGUUGUUAUCGCUACAUUUCCUAAAGCUGGUACCACGUGGAUGCAGGAGAUUGUGGACCUGAUUCUUCAAGAGGGGGACGUGGAGAAGAGCAUGCGAGCCCCCAACUUUGUCAAGGUGCCAUUUAUAGACUUCUAUAUGAAGCCUAUGCCACCAGGAGUGGAUGACGCCAACGCAAUGAAGUCUCCUCGUCUCCUCAAGACUCAUUUCCCAAUACAGCUGAUGCCGCCAUCUUUCUGGGACAAGGAUGUGAAGGUUAUAUAUGUUGCUAGGAAUGCAAAGGAUUGCAUGGUUUCAUACUUUCACUUCCAGAGGAUGAAUCAGUGCAUGCCGUACCCUGGGACCUGGGAUGAAUACUUCUCAGCAUUCCUGGCAGGAGAUGUGUGUUGGGGAAGUUGGUGUGACCAUGUAAUCGGCUGGUGGAAAGCAAAAGACAGACAUCGUGUUCUCUACGUGUUUUAUGAGGAUUUGGUGGAGGACCCAACGCGAGAGAUCAGAAAGAUCAUGAAGUUCCUUGGGAAGGACCUGUCAGAUGAGGUUCUUGAGAAGAUUCGGCACCACACGUCAUUCCAGGCAAUGAAGAAGAACCCAGUGACCAAUUUCAGUGCCCUACCAAAAGCUAUAUUAGACCAAUCCAUCUCUCCCUUUUUAAGGAAAGGGGAAGUCGGGGAUUGGAAGAAUCAUUUUUCGGUGUCCCAGAAUAUUGUGUUUGAUGAGGAAUACAAGAAGAAGAUGGAGGGGAGCGGGCUGAGUUUCCGCACCCAGCUAUGAGGCUACAGCUGCCCGCUCACACAACGUCACCAACCAACCACCUACUGUACUCGGCUGGUUAUAAUGAUUAGAUUGGGUGCUAGAGGUGUUACGCUGGGUGCAGGUAGAGAUGAAGAGUGAUCCCAUCAUUACACGGAGGAGCAACCCGUCUAUCCGGAAGUGAGCACUGUGUCUGCAUUGGACCUCUUGAGUUUGAUUAUGGAUCCACAUCAACCACAUCAAAUGCGUAUUAGGAAAAUAGAGAUCCGAAGAUGAUACUUUAGAAGAAAUUAAGAAAAAUAAUCAUAACAUUUCCUAUAAUUCCAGUUAGAAACCUGGGAGACUGUAGUAUAUUAAUUCCUCAAUAAGUUAUAAGACUCCAUUAAUGGAAACACUACACCUGUGAAGCCCACAAGGCCAUAGAGAGAUGGAAACAGACCAACCAUGACUUUCACUACAGAGGUGGCAGAACCACCGCAUGGGAUAAAAAGAUGUCAAAUUCAGAAUGAACCUUUGCAAUAACUUGAUGUUUAAAUUAUAUUCUGAAUUGCUUUAUAAUUUCCAUGUGCAUAUCUAUCCUCAAGUGGUCUCCUUGAGAUUCAUAGCUCCCUGACCUCUGGACAUCACUGAAGACAAAGUCAAGAUCGUCAUAAUGUCACAAAAGACUUCAAAGAUGGGAAGGGUUGUCUUUGUUUUAUUAUAAGUCUAAUGGCCAAUCUUGUGUGGACAUUUAACAGGAUUCUGGAGGGCAAAUACAGGUUGAGUCUCCCUUAUCCAAAAUCCCAAAAUACGGAAUCUCUUGAUCGUGCCUGAGAUAGUGACGCCUUUGCCUUCUGAUGUGUCUAUGGGGGUCAUUCUGAGUUGAUCGCUAGCUGCCAUUGUUUGCAGCGCAGCGAUCAGGCUAAAAAUCUGCAUUUCUGCGCAUGCGUAUGCACCGCAAUGCGCAGGCGCGUCGUACGGGUACAAUGAGCAUCGUGGGUUUGCACAGAGAGUAACGAACAUUGCAGUCGCCCGGCCGAACGCAGGAUGAUUGACAUGAAGUGGGCGUUUGUGGGUGUCAACUGACCGUUUUCAGGGAGUGCUUAUAAAAACGCAGGCGUGGCAGAAAAAAUGCUGGCGUGGCUGGGCGUUCACUGGGCGGGUGUGUGACGUCAAAAGCCGUCCCUCCAUCAUUAGAAUCAACGCACACGAAGAGUAACUACAGGGCUGGUCUUGUUUUGCACAAAAAGAUUUUGCAGGCGCUCUGCUGCACAAGCGUUCGCACUUCUGCAAAGCGAAAAUACACUCCCAGUGGGUGGCGACAAUGCGUUUGCACAGCUGCUAAAAACUGCUAGCGAGCGAUCAACUCGGAAUGACCCCCAUGUAUAUAAACUUUGUUUAAUGCACAAAAUGGUUAAAAUGAUUGUAUAAAAUUACAUUCAGGCUGUGUGUAUAAGGUGUAUAUGACACGCCGCCGGCAAACAGAAGACCACCCAUUUAGACUUUGGUCCCAUACCCAAGAUAUCUCAUUAUGCUAUGCAAAUAUUGAAAAAUACAGAAAAAGCUGAUAUCCAAAAUACUAGGAUUUUGGAUAUGGGAGACUCAACCUGUACUUUCACCAUGCGGCCAGAGUUAUACUUCCUCCUAAAUCUGAUGAGGAACGAACCACCAGCUUGACUUGCUGCCCAGUCUCACUCUCCAUCGCCAACCGCAGCAAAUUGACGUAACUAGCUCUCGCUGAAACUGAUGAAGUGGGAGUCAUUCCUUCUGCAGACAAACCACUGAGGUUUUCCACCUUAUCAUAGCUCAUAGAAUUCCGUUAAUUUCUAAAACUAUAAGGUCCCCUAUCAUAGUCCCCCCUUAAGAACAUUCGGUAACCGUAUUACAUUCUGGUCUUUCAGGGUAGGCAGCAGAACUAGAUAGGAUUGCCUUCACCCUUCCCUGGAAUUUUCUCUCUCUAGCCCUUGGCAUCAAAGAUUAGGUUUCAACCACACACACACACACACACCAGCGGCUCGGCUAGGCAUGCAUAUGAGCUUAUCUUUUAGAGUGUAAGCUCAUAUGGACAGGGGUCACCUUUACCAUCUGUUGUACAUAGUGGUAUAAAAUAUUUGAAGCAUAACACCCUCAAUUUAUUGUGAUGCAUAAUAUGUGAGCGCUCUAUAAACAAAUUUGUAUGAUAAUUGUCUGCAUCAUGCCCACGGAGACUGUACGCCAGCCCCAGAGCCGUAUUAAGGCUAGUGGGGGCCCCAGAGCAGCAAAUGUGGAGUGCUACAGCAAAUAAAAUUGACUCUGCACUCCACCGCUGUCACUACUUUGCCCCUUAGGGGAGCUGGAGAGAAAGUGAGGGGCGUGAGAGAUAAAGAGGGCAUCAGAGAGAGAGAUGGAGAGCAAUGGACAGAGAGAGGGGAUAACGAGAGAGAGAGGAGCGAGAAAGAGAGAGAGAGUGUCAGGGAGAGAGAGAGAGUGGUGGUAGUAGUGGUGCUAGAGAAGGUGUCAGGGAAAGAAAAGGAAUGAUAAAAAGAGAAGUGAUAGAGAGGGUGUCAGGGAGAGAAAGAGAGAGGAGAGAGGGUGUCAGGGAGACAGAGAGAAUGGUGAUAUAGAAAGAGAGGGAUGAAGGGGAGAGAGAAAGAGUGAGCAUGUCAGGGAGAGAGAGAGGGGGAGAGAAAGGGGAGAGAGGAAGAAAGACGGGUUGUCAGGGAGAGAGGGAAAGGGAGGGGGAGCGAGCAGGAAAGAGAGAGAGGAUGUCAGGGAGAGAGAGAGGAGAGCAAGAGAGAGUGUCAGAGAGAGAAAGAAAGCUGGGAGUGACAGUGAGAGGAAGGGGGAGCGGGCGGGAGAGAGAGAGGUUGUCAAGGAGAGAGAAUGACAGGCAGAGAAAGAGUGAGAGAGAAAGAGGUAGAGGGGAGCCGGAGAGAGAGGGGGAGCAAGUGGGAGAGAGAGUUUGUCAGGGAGACAGACAGAGAGAGUGUCAAGGAAAGAAAGAGGGAGAGACAAAGAGAGAGAUAUAGGGGGUGAUUCCGAGUUGUUCGCUCGCUAGCUGAUUUUAGCAGCAUUGCACACGCUAAGCCGCCGCCCUCUGGGAGUGUAUCUUAGUUUAGCAGAUUUGCGAACGAAAGAUUAGCAGAAUUGCGAAUACAUAUUUCUUAGCAGUUUAUGAGUAGCUCCAGACCUACUCACGAUUAGCGAUCAGUUCAGUCAGUUUCGUUCCUGAUUUGACGUCACAAACACACCCAGCGUUCGCCCAGCCACUCCCCCGUUUCUCCAGCCACUCCCGCGUUUUUCCCUGGCACGCCUGCGUUUUUUCUCAAACGCCGUGAAAACGCUGAGUUUCCACCCAGAAACACCCACUUCCUGUCAAUCACACUCCGAUCACUUCAACGAUGGAAAUUCUUCGUUCUGCCGUGAGUAAAUCUACUAAGUUCUUAGUAAAAUUACUAAGCGCACUGCGUACCAUGCGCAUUUUCGCAUUAAUCGCUCCAUUGCGAAAAUCGGCAACGAGCGAACAACUCGGAAUGACCACCAUAGAGAGGGACAGACAGAGGGGAGCAAAAGGAAGAGCGGGAGGGAAGUGAGCGGGAGAAAAAGAGCAAGCGACAAAGAAGGAGGGGGAGCAAGAGAGAAGGACGGGGAGCAAGUGGGAGAUAGAGAGGGUGUCAGGGAGGAAGACAAAGAGAGUGUCAGGGAGAGAAAGAGGGAGAGACAAAGAGAGGGACAGACGGGGAACAAAAGGGAGAGAGGGAGGGGAGUGAGCAGGAGAGAGAUCAUGUCAGGGAGAGAAAGAGCAAGAGACAAAGAGGGAGAGAGAGAAGGACGGUGAGCAAGUGGGAGAGAGAGGGUGUCAGGGAGGAAGACAAAGAGAGUGUCAAGGAGAGAAAGAGGGAGAGACAAAGAGAGGGAUAUAGAGAGGGAGAGAUAGAGGAGAGCAAAGGGAGAGU